AUGACAUUCUCCUACUUGCAAGUGGUGGCGUUCUGUAGGCUUCAAGUUCUAAGCUUCUGGACCCAAGGACGUGCCUUUUUCAAGUCGGUCUCCGACUUCAAGUACUUGAUGGAAGCUGCGAACAUCAGAGUUAAACUCCUCAACCAGCCCAUUGCGAGGUCUACGAUCAGGACCUUUCCAUGUACAACUCAGCUGGCCGUAACCAAAACUCUGCUGACCCACGACUUCGUGAUGACCAGUAGGGUUUUGGAGGGCAAGUUCUUCUUUGGGGACAUGAACCUCUACCGGCAGGUUGGGCAAGAUGUACGGACGUGGAUGCUGGCGCCGCUAGAGCGAGCUGCCGCUGCGGCGCCUUCUUACGACGACAGCUCUGAGAUGCUUUGGUAUGCGGAGCGGGUGCCGAACACGACCUUGGGCACCUACCUGAAAGGGCACAUCGAGGUGCGCAAGUCGCUGGGCAUCUGA